CGGCCGGUCUCCUCCCUCCACCGCACCUGCAGUCAGCAGCAGCCUCCUCUCCACCCACCAAGGGCACCAACCCACCACCACCACUCACUCAACCACCUCUCGUCUCUCUCCAGCGCGAGCUAGCUGCUAGUGCUAGUUCGCUCGUCGGCCAAGAUCCAAGACAGCAGCAGGGCUUGUAAUGCCGGGGAGCGUGCCGCUGGGUCUGUGCCUGGACACGGCGGGGGUGCAGGUGCCGUGGUACUUCAGGUGCCCCAUCUCCCUGGAGCUGAUGCGCGACCCCGUGACGGUGUCGACGGGGCAGACCUACGACCGCGCCAGCAUCGAGUCCUGGGUAGCCACGGGCAACACCACCUGCCCCGUGACCCGCACGGCGCUCGCCGACUUCACGCUCAUCCCCAACCACACCCUCCGCCGGCUGAUCCAGGAGUGGUGCGUGGCGCACCGGUCCAUGGGCGUGGAGCGCAUCCCCACACCGAAGCAGCCCGCCGACCCGGACCUGGUGCGGUCCCUCGUGGCGCAGGGCCCGGGGCUCCCCGCGCUGCGGAGGCUCAGGGCGCUGGCCAGGGAGUCGGACAAGAACAGGCUGGUGAUGGCCACGCACGAGACGAGGGCCGCGCUGGUGGAGGCCGCCUUCGGGUCCGGGUCCGGGUCCGGGGCGGCGAGCGAGGAGCUCGAGACCGAGGCCAUGGCGGUGCUCGCGCUGGUGGGGCUCGGGGAGGCCGAGGCCGCGGAGGUGGUCGGGAGGGAGGAGCGGGUGGCCAGGCUCGGCAAGGUCCUCGGCGGCGGCGGGCCGCUGGAGGCGAGGGUGAACGCGGGCGCCGUGGUGGAGGCCGUGGCGUCGGCGUCGGGGGCCGAGGCCCGGGCUGCGCUGGGCGGCGCCGAGGGCGUGAUGGACGGGCUGGUGGCGCUGGCGGAGGAGGAGAAGGCCAACAACGCCCGCGCCGUGCGCGUCGGGGUCCGGGCCCUGUUCGCGCUGUGCCUGGCGAAGGAGAACCGCGCGCGCGCGGUGGCGGCGGGGGCCGCGGCGGCGCUGGCGCGGCGCGUGGCGGAGGGCGGCGCCGGGGAGCCCGAGCGCGCGCUGGCGGCCGUGGAGCGGCUGUGCCGCGCCGAGGGCGGGCGCGACGCCGUGGUGGCCGGCGCGGGCGGCGGGCCCGCGGCCGUGGCGGCGCUAGUGCGCGCCAUGUCCGGGCGCGGCGCGGAGCACGCGGCGGGCGCGCUGGCGGCCGUGGUGGUGGGCGCGGGCGGGUCGGAGGCGCUGCAGGCGGAGGCGGUCCGGGCGGGGGCCAUGGGGCGGCUGCUGCUGAUGGUGCAGGGCGGGUGCUCGGAGCGCGCCAAGCGCAAGGCGCAGCACCUGCUGAAGCUGCUCCGCUCCGCCUGGCCGAGCGCCGACUGCGUCGCCAACUCCGACGACUUCCUCCAACACUACCACUACUGAUCGUAAUCGUCCUACCUAGCAUUCGCGUUCUGUUCCCUAAGGCCGCGGAAAGAUCACUCGCUCGCUUGCUCAGGGGGGCAAGUGCAAAGGCUGCCGGCGGCGUGUAUGUAUGCCGGGUCCGGGACCGGGACGGCAGCAGGACGGAGAAAAUCUCUAAUGUUUUGUACGUAACGUAACGUUGGCAGGGAGGAGGAGGAGGAUGGAUGGAUUCGUGGUUCUGGAUCAAUGAACAGUACUAGCAGUAAUAGCUGCUAAGCAGCAGGCAGGCAGGCAGCACCGAUUCUCACAUGGAUGGCAUUCGCUGGUUUUCCUUUCCUCCGUUGGUUAGUUUGUUUUUUUAGGCCCCCAUGACCAGGCGCGCGUGUGCGCGUUUUGGGUCAGUGAAAGUACAGGCGAAGCAGCGAGAGGACUGGGGAGAUUGCGCAUUGAAAGCUGGGCAGAGGGCUCUUGGGCGGUGCCCCUUGUUCUGGGGUGUGUGGGGCUGCCCCGUCCUGCAGCCUGCAGGAUGCUUCUGCAGAAUGGAAUGUUGUUGCCGUGAAA